CAACAGCUGCCUUUUCCCAUCAGCGGAAAGGUGUCACUUCCUGGAAACAAACCUCAAACAGUCCAUCAUUAGUUGUAGGUUUAUAAUUAUUAAUUUGAUUAUUGAUUAUCAUUUUAUCGACAAUCAUCAGUCUGUGUCUUGUGAGCGCCGAGUCUCUGGUAACAGCCGGAAACCGGUUAUCACGUCAGCCGGAGACUAAAUAGCGUUACCCCUUUUAGCUACUGUUAGCAAAAGGCUAGCGCAGCCCCCGUAGAUUAAGCUCGGGUUGACCCGGAUCGGAACUAGACGGGAUCGGAACAGUUUCCACAAUGGGAGCCCACCGAGGCGAGGGAGACCGGGACUGGCUGCAGCAGGACGGGCAGGAGCAGCUGGAGCAGACCCCGAAACCAUGGAACAUGAUGAUCAAACACAGACAGAUUCACAGACGAGGACGACGCUCACACAUGGCCGUCAGCUACACAGAUCCUCAGGUGUCCAUGGACCUCUUGAGAGCCGUGCUUCAGCCCAGCUUCAACGAUGACAUCAUGGCUGUGUUCAAGAAGUACCAGAAGUUCUUUGAUAAGGCAGCAGAGAAUGUGAAGGAGAACGUGGGGGACGACAUCCAGACCGACCAGCUGAUCAGAGAGGCCUGCAGGAACACUCUGGAACAUGCAAAACAGCUGUUUCCAGAGGGGGAGGCGAAGAGGGCAGGGUCAGACAUCGCAAUCAAGAGAGCCAGAGCUGCUGAUGAAGACUGCAUUCAGAGAGGAAGCCCCCUCCUUAAGAAGAGAAAAACUCGUCCCAGUGCUGCGCUCGUGUCAUCUGAUCGACCUAUGACCUUCUCUCAAGGGAAGCCUAAGCCAGAGCCCAUCAAGAGAGAAGGACCAAAGUGGGAUCCAUCCAGACUGAAUGAGAGCAGUACAUUUGUUCUCGGCUCCAGAGCGAACAAGGCGCUGGGGAUGGGCGGGACCAGAGGACGAAUCUACAUCAAACAUUCCGACCUGUUCAAGUACGCUGCGGAUGCAAAGGACAAGCAGUGGUUGGCAGAGCGACAUCACAUGAGGGCAACAGGAGGGAAGAUGGCCUACCUGCUGAUUGAAGAGGACAUCCAGGAUCUUUCCCGCAGUGACGACUACAAGGACUGUCCGGACGUCAGGAUGGACGAGAUGAAGCCGUUCACAGUUCCACUGUGGAUGGUGGAGAAGAUGCAAAGAGCCAUGGAGGCUCAGAGAGAUGCUGACCUUUGACCCCUCCCCACCCCCUUACAAUCAUGUGACCACCAUAUCCUGAACUGAUUGAUUCCUUCCUGCCUCAUCAUUUGUUUUGUUUUUUUAAAGUGUAAUAAAAAAAUAUCUGACCCAAA